AAGAAACAAUGAUGAAAAACACGUUCGAACUCUGUUCAGAGUUACCUCCCCUUAUGUCAAAUCUCGAGAUAGAGAAGAAAACGGAAGAAGCUCCUCGACGGCAGCAGGAGGGAGAGCAUGAUCCGAUCAAGCAUGCCAAUUCUAUUCUUGCUUUUUUUCAUGAUGCUAUUGAAGACUUAGUGAAGUUCCAUUCUCACACGGGCUUCGAUCGUGAUCACCUUAAUAGACUCGUCUCCCAAUCGUUUGCCGAUCCUCGAUUUGCUGACCUAAUGAAAGUUUUCAACUGUCGCAGGACGAUGCUGCAAGUUCAGAUGUUGGUGUAA